ACUCAGCGCUCCCUCCGCAACACCUCCAACUACUUCCUGGUGUCCCUGUUCAUGUCGGACCUGAUGGUGGGGCUGGUGGUGAUGCCCCCAGCCAUGCUCAACCAGCUCUACGGGCGCUGGGUGCUGCGGGGGGACUUCUGCUCCCUCUGGGCCUCCUUCGAUGUCAUGUGCUGCAGUGCCUCUAUCCUCAACCUCUGCAUCAUCAGCCUGGACCGGUACCUGCUCAUCAUCUCCCCGCUCAAGUACAAGCUGCGUAUGACCUCCUGCAGGGCCCUCUGGCUCAUCCUGGCUACCUGGACCGUGGCUGCGCUGGCCUCCUUCCUGCCCAUCAAGAUGGGAUGGCACAAGCUGGAGUUUGAGGAGCUCUCCCUGAACGUCACCUUGCGGGGGGAUGAAGAUCAGUGCCGGCUGGUGGUCAGUUUGCCGUACGCCCUGGUCGCCUCUUGCCUCACCUUCUUCCUCCCAUCUGCUGCCAUCUCCUUCACCUACUGCCGCAUCCUCCUGGCUGCCCGCAAGCAGGCGGUGCAGGUGGCUUCCCUCGCCUCCAACGUGGCCACCAGCACCACUACCGAUGACACCAUGCCACAGAUUCCCUGUGUCCCAAGCCAGCCCAUGGCCGGCAGCGAGAGCAGGAGGUUCACCAACAAGCACAGCAAGAAGGCACUGAAGGCCAGUCUGACCCUGGGCAUUCUCCUGGGCAUGUUCUUUGUGGCCUGGCUCCCCUUCUUCAUUACCAAUGUGAUGCAGGCUGUCUGUGGCUGUGUCCCAGCCGGAUUCUUCGAUGUGCUCACCUGGCUGGGAUACUGCAACAGCACCAUGAACCCCAUCAUCUACCCGCUCUUCAUGAGGGACUUCAAGAGAGCCAUGGGCAAAUUCCUGCCCUGCUGCCGGCGCUCGGGGGAUCCCCAGCCCAGUGCCAUCUCCUUCUCCAUGAGGAACUCCAACAGCGGAGCCCGUGCCGCCACGUCCCUCAAGAACAUCCUCACCUUGCAGGCUGAGACUGACUCAGUUGACUCCAGGGCGCUGGGGAAUGAUCCCAACCUGCUGCCAGCCCCCCUGACCUCGCACGCCCCCUCUGUCAGCCUGUGGGACGCAGAGCCCCCGGAUGCGGAGCCGCAGGUUGGGCAGCUCAGCACCCCCGUGGCCUGAGUGGGGUCACAGAGCUCCAUGUGCUGGGAAGGAUCCCUCAGCCCCACACAAGCAGCCCAUGUGCUGCUGCUCCAAUUCCCUCUUCCAGUGCACCGUGCAGCUUGUGGAGGGGCACUGCUAUGGGUAGGUUCAGCCACGUGUCACUGCUGAAUUGACUUGCCUCGUUUCUCUCUCUUCCAUCCCUCCUUUGCUCACUGGCACCAGUCCCUCACCCUUCUUGAGGCCUUUGGACAACACUCUCAGGAAGGUGGUGGGAUUCUUGGGGUAUCCCAAGGGGGCCAGGACUCGAUGAUCCUUGUGGGUCCCUUCCAA